UCAAAUAGUCACGCUAUGGCUGCCGCUGUGAACAAUAAACCACGCACCGAGCAGCAGGAACUGCAGCUCAAAUCCGCUCAAGUUGUCAAUGAUUCCUUGGAAAGUACUCGUCGCAUACUCAGCAUGGUGGAGGAAUCCGAGGAGGCGGGCAAUCGCACUCUUGUAGCGUUGGGUGGUCAGGGCGAGCAAUUGGAUCGCAUUGAGGAGGGAAUGGAUCGCAUUCAUGCGGAUAUGCGUAAGGCGGAAAAGAAUAUCAGCGGCAUGGAGAAAUACUGUGGCAUCUGUGUGCUGCCAUGGAAGAAAGUUAAUCUGAAGGACGAUAGCGUCUGGAAGGCGAAUGAUGAUGGCAAAGUUGUUGCAAGUCAGCCGCAGCCGGUGAUCGAUGAACGUGAACGAAAUGAAAUGGGACAACCAGCGGAAUCGGGCUAUGUGGCAAGAAUAACGAACGAUGCACGCGAGGAUGAGAUGGAUGCGAAUUUGGGGCAGGUAAAUUCGAUAUUGGGCAAUUUGCGUAACAUGGCGAUUGAAAUGGGAUCCGAGUUGGAGAACCAAAACAAACAAAUCGAUCGCAUCAAUGCCAAGGGUGAUUCCAACAAUUUGCACGUUGAAAAAGCUAAUAAACGCGUAAAUAAUUUGCUCAAGAGUUAAUCAGGUGUCAAAAUUUAAUGAUCAAUUAUAACUGCUUGAUACCGA